UCACGCUACAGUUAUUAAAAUUUAAUUAAUUUUCAAGGUUCGACAAAAUAGCAAUCUAUACCAUUUUUAUGGCCUGAUUGAUGUCAAGUGCAAUGAACGCUGUGUGAAAAUUCAUUUAGUUUUUGUAUAUACAAUCAGAAGUGUACCAUUAAAGUUCUAACUCGAGUUUAAUUGGUCUAGUUACGUCGUUGGAAUAAUUUUCGAUCAAACUUGGACGAAAUACGCGAUUUUUCAAAUUUAAGAUAAAUACGAUUCACAGAUGGAUAGGAGUGCAAACACGAAGUGGAUUUGCGCGGUUGGUAUUGUUUUAAUCAUUGCAAGUGCAGUAUUUGGAGUCUGUAUUGACGACGAACCGGAUAUUUUUCAAUGCAAAAGACUGAAACCGGGCGUUACAGAAUCCGAUAAUGAAUGUUGUAAUAUUAUGAAAGCCCGCGAUUACAAAUACGAACAUUUUUUUCCGAUUAGUAAACGAGAUAAUGGCAAGAUUGAGCUAACAUUCAAAGUGCAAGGGAACGGCGACGCCGAUCUGCUGUUUUCGGAACACUUUUCUCCUAAGGACUUUGACCUAGUUCAUGAGAUAGUACUGGGUGGUGGUGCUAAUAUGAAUUCAUGGAUCCGAAAAUGGUUGGGUAAUGAUACAGACAGAAUUCUAUCAGAAAAGGAAGAAGGUCGAGUUUUACCCGACGAAUUGCGCGAAUUCUGGGUUCAAAUUGAGGGUAAUACAGUACAAGUAGGAAGAAAGGGCAAAGCCGCAUUCUUGGCAUCAAAUAAUGCAACCGAUUUACCGAUUAAAUAUUACAGCAUUGCUGGUUACGGCGGUGUUACUGUUUUAUGGUAUCUUCCUUGUAUCGUGGAAAACGAUUUCUCAUGGUGAGAUUUUUGUUGAUAGGCGUCGUACUCGUGUUUUAUACUCGUAGCUAUCUCAGUCAUAUGUACUACUGAUGCAUUUAUUAGUAAGUAAUUGACCGAAUAAAGUUUUUUAAAAAAGUU